UCGACUUCUCCCAAGCAAAGUCCCCAUUCCACCUCCAUUUAUUAUUACCUACUGCUAUCUCCAAAGUUGUCCUCUUUAGUUUUUUUUUUCCUUUUAUUAUUUUCCUAUGAAAUUAAUUAAUCAUUUACUUUUGAAUAAUUGCGUUUCUUAAAAUAGACAAAAAAAUAAAAAAUAAUUAAGCCACAUUCUUCCCUCCCCACUUCUCUUUUCCCAAAGCAGCCUUAUUCACCCACCCACAUACGCCCAAAACCAAAAACAAAAAGAAACCCAAAAAAAAAAAAAAAAACAGAGAGAGUAUGAAGGGAAGGAGCCGAAAUCGAGCCAGAAGAACAGGAGGAAAAUAGAACAGCACCUUCGCUAGCACAAUAGCAAAGGUGGGUUCUUUUCCGUUUUGAAAAAUUUUUGGUUUUUUAUUUUUUGUUUUUGAAUUUUUUUUGUGAGGAGAGAGAGAAAGAAGGGGAGAGAGAGAGAGAGAGAGAGAGAGAGAGAGGUGGGAGAUCUGUUAAUCUGAAUGGCACAACAAGGGCAGGGUGGGAUAGACCCUGCCGUACUGGACGACAUUAUCAACAGAUUGUUGGAGUUCCGACAAGCUCGGCCGGCGAAGCAGGUUCAGCUCAUGGAGAGCGAGAUCCGACAGCUCUGUGCCGUUUCCAGAGAAAUCUUCCUCCGACAGCCCAAUCUUCUCGAGCUCGAAGCCCCCAUCAAGAUCUGCGGUGCGGUUUAUUUUCAUUUCCUGUUUCUGGGUCAAUCUGGUUUUUCUCAAAUUUGUGAUAUUCAUGGGCAGUAUUCCGAUCUCUUGAGGCUUUUUGAAUAUGGUGGUUUUCCUCCCAAUGCUAAUUAUUUAUUCUUGGGGGAUUAUGUGGACCGUGGCAGACAGAGUUUGGAAACAAUUUGCCUAUUGCUUGCUUACAAAAUUAAGUACCCUGAGAACUUCUUUCUACUAAGAGGAAAUCAUGAAUGUGCCUCAAUUAACCGGAUUUAUGGGUUUUAUGAUGAGUGUAAACGCCGGUUCAAUGUCAGACUUUGGAAGACCUUUACUGACUGUUUUAACUGUCUUCCUGUGGCCGCACUCAUAGAUGAUAAAAUAUUGUGCAUGCACGGCGGCCUUUCUCCUGAUUUAACACAUUUGGAUCAAAUUAGGAACAUACCUCGUCCAACUGAUGUUCCAGAUUCUGGUUUGCUUUGUGAUUUACUUUGGUCAGAUCCUGGUAGAGAUGUCAAAGGCUGGGGAAUGAAUGACCGUGGAGUCUCAUACACCUUUGGUUCAGAUAAGGUUGCAGAAUUUUUAACAAAGCAUGAUAUGGAUCUUGUUUGUCGUGCCCAUCAGGUUGUUGAGGAUGGAUACGAAUUCUUUGCUGAUAGACAGCUUGUUACAAUAUUUUCUGCUCCUAACUACUGUGGUGAGUUUGAUAAUGCUGGUGCAAUGAUGAGCGUCGAUGAAAGUUUAAUGUGCUCUUUCCAAAUUCUGAAGCCUGCUGAGAGAAAAUCUAGGUUUGGUUCAACAAUGGUGUGAAGACUUUAGUCUUGAUCCCCUUAGGAUUGCUAGUUUUCACAGAACGGACAAGAAACAAAAAGAUAGGAUAAAACAGUUGAAGACAAAAGACUGGCUUUGAAGCUCUUCAAACUCGAAAGGAAUUGCGAAUUGGAUAUCGUCGUGUCAUGUUGAGAUGAGUUGUUUGUUCAAAUUUUUGUUGUAUAAUGAACGGAGCUCUGGGACUUCUCGGUUUUAAAAGCUGACUUUUUUUCUAGGGAAGUGGCUAAAAAGGCCUGAUUUUACACACUUCUUAAAUUAGUACGACUUCCUCACAGAUUUAUGGUGCUUGCUGUAAAUACAUUUGAUUUGUAAAUGACUGCACCUGUAGUCAAUGAACAACCUGCCCCUGGGCAAAACGUUUCACUCCUUGGCUUUGAUCUCGCGAUGAGUGCCUGUGUUGGUCCCUGCAUUCAAACAUGGAUGCCACAGGCUUCCCAGCCAUUUUUCUCUGUGCAGAUACAUAACGGGCACAGACUGACUGGAGCCAGUGUUCAGAUUGAUCUUUGUCCUAGUUAGAUUUCUCUCCCAUUUUGUUCAUUCUAAUUUCUGAGUGUUCUCCGUAUGUCAUAGGCUAU